GGGUUUUUAGUUAAAAAAAAAAACAUUUAAAAAAAAAAAAUACCCCAUCCAUAAAUAAAUCAAUACUGAAUUUAAAGGGGUAAACAAACCUGCAACACUUAACCUAAUAGACCUCUACAUCAGUACCGGCUAUACAAGCAUUCAUUAUUUUUGAUACUUCUAAAUGCCAACAACUUGUUUUAUGUAUCCUAACUUAAUUUGGUGACAAGUACUUUCAUCUGUAAAUGAAAGCAAUUAUGCAGCAGAUAUUAUAUUAUGUUGGCUGUGGUCUCUAGAUAGUCAUCAAUCACUCUCAAUCGAGCUGUCAGUGGGGGCAGAUUCGUUUCUUGCAGGCAGUCUUCCAGCUGGGGAGAAGAAGAGAACAUCAUCAUUAAUUUGAGUGUGACCCUUGGGCUAUUCACAUGUCUGAACCCGGGAAUCUCUGAACAAGCUUACUCUGGAGCUAGGCUACGCCACCCUAUAAGAAAAAUACAGUUUCAAACAAGCCUUGAAUUGAAGUUAUUUAAACACCUUGCAGCAUCUCGGAGCCUGUGCUUACCAAUCAAUUGGUACAGUGAAACACAACAAGACUGCAUAGCGUGGAGACCAGGCGUCUCUCUUUAUUUCUGAAUACUGGGACCUCUCUACCAUGUCAUACCCACAAUUUGGAUACCCGUACUCAUCUGCACCCCAGUUCCUGAUGACCACCAAUUCUUUGACAACUUGCUGCGAAUCUAGCGGCAGAACUCUGGCUGAAUCUGGGGCAACAGCUUCUCCUCAAACGCCAGUUUAUUGUCCUGUGUAUGAGAGCAGGCUUCUGGCCACAGCCAGACACGAGCUUAACUCUGCGGCGGCUCUUGGAGUCUAUGGGAACCCCUACACGAGCAGUCAGGGUUAUGGGAACUAUGUUACUUAUGGCACGGAUGCCUCGACUUUCUACUCCUUGAGUGCAUUCGAUUCAAAGGAUGGGACAGGAUCUGCGCAUGCGGGGAUCACCCAGGCUGCAGCCUAUUAUCCUUAUGAUGCUACUUUGGGGCAGUAUCAAUAUGACAGAUACGGCACAAUGGAUGGGGGGACAAGAAGAAAAAAUGCCACUCGUGAAACAACCAGUACCUUGAAAGCUUGGCUCCAGGAGCACAGAAAAAACCCGUACCCCACAAAAGGAGAAAAGAUCAUGCUGGCCAUCAUCACCAAGAUGACCCUGACCCAGGUCUCCACUUGGUUUGCCAAUGCCAGGAGGAGACUUAAAAAGGAGAAUAAAAUGACCUGGCCCCCACGAAACAAGUGCUCCGACGAGAAGAGAUACGAUGAUGAAGCAGGAGAUGACUCUCAAGAGGAAAACAUCAAGAGCAAAAAGACUGAUGAUGAUAACAGAAGCAGAGAUGACAAGGAGCUGCAGCUGAGUGACCUAGAUGACUUUGAAGCGAUUGAGUCAGAGAGUUCUGAGUGUGAGCUGAAACACCAGUUUCACAUUGGCAGUACCCAUAUGAGAACCACCAACUGCCCAAGUGAUCACUUCAAAGAAGCCUCCUUAAAGAUCUUAAUUCCGUCAUCCCUCGAAGGGGAUCAGGAACUGAACAAAAAUGGUCUUAAGACGGUGUCUGAAGAUUGCGAAUGUGAUCUGAUAACUGGGAGGCAGACAAAAACGUGUUUUCAACAGAGCCAGCAAAUGCUGGAGAGCAAGCCACGAAUCUGGUCGCUGGCACAAACUGCGACUUCUUUGAAUCAAACUGAGUACCCUUCCUGCAUGUUGAAGUGCCAACAGGUGAUCUCUUCUUCUCCUGCUGUUUCCUCCCCUGUUAAUGCAAUUGACAGACAACAGGAUUCACCAGUGACCACUCUCAGAAACUGGGUGGAUGGUGUUUUCCAUGAUCCAUUGUUUAGGCACAGCACUUUGAACCAAGCAUUGACCAAUACCACAGUUUCAUGGGCCACUUCCAAAGACACUACAUUGGAGACAGGGGCACUGGAACAUUCCAUUGCAAAUGCUACCAACGUGACCAAAGGACACGUUCCUAGUUUGCAACACCAAGAAUCAAAUAAAGACAAUUUGGUGUUUACUAAGUCGGGAAGCAAAAUGUUUUGCUCCUAACAAGCCAAAAGCUCCUGUUGACUCCUGCAAAGGUUACUCUGGGAUGCACUCUUGAGAAAAUGAAAAUAAAAAUAAAAACAUUUAUGAAUAUCACACUUUUCCUUCAGGAAGUUGGAACACAUUUAUAUUUGAUUAGUCAAGAGACACGUAUGCAUUGUUAUAUUGACAGCAUUUCACUAGUGAACCCCCCCCCCCCCCCCCCCACCCAGCAACAAAAAGGGAUUAGUGUGAAAUGUAUUUAAAAUUUUAAAAAGCACGUACAACCAAUGUAGAGAUUUAAUUGAAAGUUUACAUUUUAAAAUGUUUACAAAAAGUGGAAAUGCAAAAAUUAUGUUUUUUUUUUUUCUUUUCUUUAAGGCAUGCAAAUGUUUAAAAUGCUUAACUCAUUUUAUGGGCGCCGCUAUUGUUCGUUAAUGAUUCACAAGCUUCACUGCUAAAGAUUUCACACAACUGCACAAUAGUUGCUUAAAACUGGAAGGACAUAUUAUAAAAGUAUGUUCACAAAUAAAUGAUGUUUCAGAGGUAAAUGCCGAGUGUUGUCUGAUUGCAUUACUAAAAGGAUGCUGAUUGAAUUGAAUUACAUUGAAUUGAAUGGCUGCAUUACACAUUAUCGAUUACCAUACUAUACUUCUAGGUAUGUAUGUAUGUGUAUGUAUCUAUUAUAGAAUGGACAUUAUCCUUUCCCCCUGAACAUCUGUGUGUUGAGAUUUUGAACUUUGUGUCUUCUUGUGAUAAUUUUAAUACCCUUGUCAUUGUCUUACUCCAAUUGCCAAUGCAAAUAACAUUAUUAACAAUAUUGUUUACAUACCUGUGGUCGGAAAUAUAGCUAUAUUUACAUUUGAUUCAGCUGUGGUAGCUUUCAUUUGAAAACUCCCAUUUUUUUUAUUUUCUUUUAUAAAUGAAUCUUUCAGAUAAGUCAUCCAUUUAAGCAAUUUAUUAACAGAACUGGCAAUCUUUUUGAAGUUAGAUUUUAGAUGUUAAUAAAAUGCUC